AUGUCGCUCCUCCCGCGCACGUUGCGCGCGUGCACCUCGGCCUCGGCCUCGUCCGCUGUCUCCACCUCGCGUGCCUUCUCCACCACCGCGGCCCGCUGCGGUCUCACCAGCGAGGACGUCAGGAACCAGUCGCCAAAAGACCUCGAGUACCAGUUUGACGACUACACCUCGGACACUUGGCGCCGCUUGAAGGAGAUCGACGGCGUCCGUUCGCUCAUUGCCAAGGUCACCACGGACAAGGCGGCUCUUAAGUCUGCCUCGACGCGCUUCGUCGUCCCUAAGGGUCAGAUCCGCGUGACCACGACCGUGGACCUCUCCAAAGCCAACUCGCCCUACCACGUCAAGUCGGUUGUUGUGGCCCCCGUUUCGUCCCUUCCCCUCAAGACCCCCGAGGCUAUUCAGCGUCUCAAGCUCCUCGCCGGUCCCCGCUGGUCUCCCGGCUUCCCCGGCCGCCGCGAGCUUGGCCCCGACGCCGCCGGCGUCCACGGCGAGGCUCACGCCGCCGACAAGAACGGCAAGGAGGGCUACGUCAAGAUUGCCGAGGAGCGUUUCCCCGCCGCGCGCAUGAACCGCAAGUCUGCUUCGGACAUGCUCGAGCGUCUCGUCGAGGCCGCCAACGACCCCAAGUCGGCCCUCCCCGCCGACGCUCCCGUCGACAUGCGCCACCUCUUUGCCCGCCAAAGCAAGAAGAAGGGCCGUAACGGCCAGACCUCGUGGGCUCGCUCCGAGGCAAUGAAGAGGCGUCCCGAGGUUGUUGGCGGCGUCCGCGGUUUCCCCAAGGAGUGGCUCGCAUGA